AACGUGUCUGCUGGUCCUUUAAGCGGCGAAAAGGAGACUAUGACGUCAGCUGUAAAACCUGCUCUGGCUGGGUGUCUGAGUGCCCGACUCGGCCCUCAGAAAAGUCAACUGUUUGCCUUGCUACUUAUUGCUAACCUAAGUGUCCUAACUAUUUGGUUCUCCUUUCUUGGAGUCGUCUUCUUCUUUUUGUUUGACGACGGCAACCUUCGCGACACGGCUCCGAAAAACCCUUUCCGGAGAUGUUUUAUGCGGGGAGAAAAGUUCAUUGAGUGUUCUUUGGUGGAACCGGUGUGUGGCGGCCAGUGCCAAUGAUGGAUAAGCUAACCGAUUGCUGACUAGUUAGCCGAAAAGUCAAAGGUCAAGAAUAGAAGAGAGUGGGCAUGCUAACGGCGAGCUAGUUUAGCAAUCUGUCGGCUAACCGAGUGACUUUGUUAGCCCUCAACGAGCAACGUAAACUGGCUGCUGCUCGCUUCCUCGGGCCUGGUUGCGACACCGCGAAUAGUUUGUCAAAAGGAAACCAAUCCAGGAAGAAGCCCCUGCCUCGGAAGGGCUCUUAAAACAGGCCGGAGCAUUAUUGUUGGGAGGUUGUUGCUCUACCCCCAGACAAACAAUGCUGUCCAACGCACAGAACCAGCCGCUCUUUCCCAACCCGACCGGGCAACAGAAUCCCGCCGGGCAGCAGCAGAACCCCACAGGCCAGUUUCUCCCCUUCCUAAGCAGACCCACCUUACAAAUAAAGAAGAACGCCAUUACAGACGAUUAUAAAGUGACCAGUCAGGUGCUGGGGCUUGGUAUCAAUGGCAAGGUGCUCGAAAUCUUCCAGAGGAAAACCGGGGAAAAAUAUGCACUCAAGAUGCUUCAGGAUUGCUCAAAAGCACGUAGAGAAGUGGAGCUACACUGGAGGGCGUCACCUUGUGCCAACAUAGUACGGAUUAUUGAUGUCUAUGAAAACCUGUAUCAAAGCAGGAAAUGCCUGCUCAUUGUCAUGGAGUGCAUGGAUGGCGGUGAACUCUUCAGUCGAAUUCAGGACAGAGGAGACCAAGCCUUUACAGAGAGAGAGGCAUCUGACAUCAUGAAAAGUAUAGGUGAGGCGAUCCAGUACCUCCAUGCUGUUAACAUUGCUCAUCGAGAUGUUAAGCCGGAGAAUUUACUUUACACAACCAAGAGGCCCAACGCGUUGCUCAAACUCACUGAUUUUGGCUUUGCCAAGGAAACCACCUCUCACAAUUCUCUUGCUACUCCCUGUUACACACCUUACUAUGUUGCUCCAGAGGUUCUUGGCCCAGAGAAAUAUGACAAAUCUUGUGACAUGUGGUCUUUGGGUGUCAUUAUGUAUAUUCUGUUGUGUGGGUACCCGCCUUUUUAUUCGAACCACGGUCUUGCCAUUUCUCCCGGGAUGAAGAAGAGGAUUAGGAUGGGACAGUAUGAGUUUCCCAAUCCUGAGUGGUCUGACGUAUCAGAGGAAGCUAAACAACUCAUUAGGACCCUCCUUAAGACGGAGCCCACCCAAAGGAUGACCAUCACAGAGUUUAUGAAUCACCCCUGGAUUAAUCAAUCGAUGGAGGUUCCUCAGACGCCAUUGCACACUAGCCGGGUGUUAAAGGAAGAGAAGGACGCAUGGGAGGAUGUCAAGGAGGAAAUGACCAGUGCCUUGGCAACCAUGAGGGUUGACUACGAGCAAAUAAAGAUAAAGACCAUUGAGGACUCAACCAAUCCACUGCUAACGAAGCGGAGGAAGAAAGCCAGUAAUGCCAUGGCGGACACUCAGUCUGCUGCCCACUGAAUUAUGCACAAACCUAUUGUAAAAAGGAAGCAAUAAGUUGUCGACGUGAGUCGCAUUGCAUGAAUUUUCUGUGUUUUAAUUUCAAUAUCAAGCCCGUUUUGGAGAGUGCUAUUUUUUUAUUUUAAGCAUUAUAAUCACCCCCCCCCCCUCCACUGUUGCAGAGAGGUUCUUGAUCUGUGGUUUUACAUCAGGGAAGAGAUUAUGAAUUAUAAAAGGUGAGGAGAAGCACUAUGGUAUUUCUCUCCUGCCUCAAACAAUUAACUUUUGUGCUCAGAACUCAAGUACGUGAAGUAACACUGUUAGCACUGUCCGGUCCAAAAUAUUGAAUGUUAAAUGAAAUAGCUAAAUCCCCAAAACAAGUCAAGAAAGGAUUCCCUUUACUCAUACACAAUGUAAAAUGUCUUGAACUGACUAGUGGAUUGUAAGGAUUAUCCUGAUUGGAAUGAGCAGGGUUUUUUUUUCAUCUUUGUGAAUGUUCUCUUUCACCAGGACUGUUCUGUGCCAUUAUGACCUGUAGCCUCCCCCAACCCUUUUUUCCUCACCUGCCUUAAGACUUUUACAGGUCCAGUCUCUGGGCAGAGAAGGUAAAGUCACCUGCACGUAGCUUUAAAAUAAAAAAUAAAAAAAAAAAAAA